AUGAAGUUCUUGUCGUAUCUUGCGCUACUCUGCGCUGGUUCACUCGCACAGUCUUCCUCGCAAGGAUCGUCGUCGGGCUCAGGCUCGAGAUCAUCAACACCCUCUGCGUCGCCGUCGUCGUCGUCUUCGUCUGUCUCCGCUGCCAAUGUUGACUCCUUCAUGACACUGACCAUGUCCAAGUCAGAGGACUCUAUUGUAUGGCACAUACAAGCCGAGGUUGGUGAACAGUUGCAGUCACUUCGGGUGGAUAUAGCACAGCCGAAUCUGUGGGUGCUAGACAGCGACUCGUUCCCAAGCUGUUCUGAUGAACCAGAGCUGACAUCAACGACUUUCAUUGAGUCCUCCUCGGCAACAACACUGACAUAUACUGUCACAUGUCAAGACUCCGGUGCAUAUGACCCAAGUCUUUCGAAUAGAUCAACAGACUUGGGACUUUACUAUAACCCUGUUUUAAUCGACUACGUUUCUUUCAACGGAACGUUAUUCUCAGACUACGUUGAUAUACUGGACAUUUCCGGUGAAGACAACGAGUAUCUCAACGAUGGAACUCUUUCGCUCUCCGAGAUGGAGUUCUUCAGCGUCAACAAUUCAAAUGUUGUCGUUGGUGCAUUUGGUCUUGGUGGUGUUGGCGAUAGCAACUACAAACCAAGCAUUCUAUCCACGCUUAAGGAUUUGGGGCUCAUUGAAUCGCUAAGUUACUCAAUGGCAACCGUCACAAAUACCACCGGUCAUAUAGUGUUCGGUGCAGUGGAUCAGAGUUUAUACACUGGUGUGCUUGUUCAAUAUGAUAACUUGCCUUAUGCGUACACAGGCGCAGAAGUGGCUUACCAGUAUCCAAUCGUCCCUCUUUCACAAGUUUCUGUGAGUAACGAUAAGGGCUCCUCUGUGAUUGUCUCAAAUGGAACUGUCCUGCCAGUGCUGUUAGAUUCACGUACCCCAUUCCUGGUCCUUCCAUAUUCUUAUGUUGUGGCGCUUUCAGUUCAAUUGAAUGCAUUCUAUUCUGAAUCGUCAGAGUCAUGGUUUGUGAGAUGUGCCGUUGGUAGUGUCAAUGCAGCUGUUAGCUUCGAGUUUGGAAAUCUCACCAUUGAUGUCUCUGUGGAUCAACUCAUAAAGCCACUGUACGAUUCGAAUGGUACCUCAGUAAAGUUCGAGGAUGGCUCAGAUGCGUGUGUUCUUCGUGUCUUCCCUGAUGAUAGUUACGGUUAUUCGGUGUUGGGUACACCAGUCUUGAAUUCGAUGUUCAUAGCAGUCGAUAAUGAAGGUAACAAAAUCGCAAUGGCACAAGCUUAUAACGAAGAGUACCAGCAGAGAAAUGCUCGUCUUCUGAGUUCCAUAUUAGGUGAAACCGUCAGUUCGCAGUCAGUGGACUCAACGUAUACUCUAGAUGCAAAUGCCAGCGUCAUUCGCUCCGGUUAUAUACCGUUUGCUGUUACAAAUAACAUCACAGACACUGAUUUGACUCUUUCAUAUAAUACGAUCAUCACUGAGAGUGUAUUUGAGCAAACGGCAGUGUACACAAGCGGUCUCAUCUAUACUGGUCGUCAACUGAACAGCACAACUGAGGAUGUUCCUACUUCUACAGAUGCUGAAAGCUCGAGUGUUGCUGGUGCUCUCGGUAACCAUGACCUUCAAAACAGAGGAGUCAUAUUGGGUAUGAUAGGUACUACAUUUGUCUUGGUUCUUGGGGCGUUCAUUUAA